AUGAAGUCCGCAGUCGUCAUUCUCUCUCUUGCCGCAGCUGCUGUUGCUCAAGAUGUUGCCGCCCUUGCUCAAUGUGGUCAAACCUGCGCCAAUAACAUGAUGGCCGCUGGUAAGGCUCAGGAGCUCGGCUGCAAGCAGAGCGACUUGAAGUGCCUCUGCGCCAACCCUAACUUCAUGUACGGUCUCCGUGACUGUUCACACGCCAUCUGCAGCCAACAGGAUGCCAACAAGGUCGUCGAGUAUGGCAUGCAAGUUUGCAAGGGCGCCGGUGUCGAGGUUACUGGUGGAAACGGCGGAAGCGGUGGCGCUAGCCAGACUGGUGGCAACGGUGGUUCGUCUCAGACCGGUGGUAACAGCGGUGCUACUCACACUGGUGAUGGUGGCAGCGGCGCUCAUGUCACCACCAUCUACAGCACGGCCACUGGCACGGAUGGCAAGGUCGUUACCACUCCGGUUGCUACCUCUACCAUUACCGGAGGCAGCGGUGGUUCUGGCGGCUCGGUUGUUACCUACACCACCAACGGCUCUCAAGUCGUUACGACUCUCUCCACUAUGAUGAGCAAUCCCACUGGCACCGAGAGCUCUGGUGCUACCCAGACCGGCUCUGGCUCUGAGACUUCCACUGGAGGCUCUGGCACUGAAACUGGUGGCUCCGGUUCUACUCAGACUACUGGAGGUUCUGGUUCUCAGACUACUGGAAGCGGCGGUGCUACCACUACCACAAGCAAGGGCCUUGCUGCCCAGAUGACUGCCGCCCCUGGCAUCCUUGCCGCCGCCGGUCUUGCUGCUCUCCUCAUCUAA